UGACAUGUUUUAUUUUGUAGUUUAAGAACCAAGUCUGCAAAGAAAUCCACAUCUCAGGCUCUUAUUUUGAAGGUGCCUCCGCCAGCUGCCCGGAUGUGCCUCCAUUCCAAGCUCCCGUCGGCAGCAGCAGCGUCUCUUCGUCACUGCGGUGGUAAAGUGUCAGUUAGCUCCUUCAGUCCUGACCCAGCAGAGUCUCUGUAUGUCUGGAUAAACCUCUGAAUGGACUUCUAGAGGUUCUCCUUUGGUUCUGGAUGUUGUUCCUCGGACUCAUCUCCCGCUACAAAGACAUUGAAGUUAGCUUAGCAUGCUAACAGCGCUAGUCCCAGUUUAAAGGACUUUGUGACGGACUUUGUGUGGAGAAAACGUUUCUGUCGUUGGGGGGAAAUGUCUAAAGUCCAAAUGCUGAGAUGUUUCGUCAACCAGCGACUCACUGCGGCUGCGCAGGAGAUAUGUGGGCUGUUUGAAAGAACGAUAGCAGAGUACGAGGAGGAACUUUGUAGUUCUCAAGAGGAGAACGAGCGACAACGGAAAUUGCUGGACGACUUUCUAAAACCGGAAGUCCAGAAACAACGAGCAGAGGACCAGGAGGACCAGGAGGACCCGGACUCCCCCCCAGGCAUUAAGGAGGAGCAGGAGGAGCUGUGGCUUGGUCAGGAGGCCGGUGCCAAGUUCUCCUUCAGCCCUGUGACGAGUGAAGAUGAUGAAGAGGAGGCUCAGUCCUCUCAGCUUCAUCAAAGGCUAACUGAACACAUGGACACAGAUGAGGAUGAAGAGGAUGAAGAGCACUGUGGAAGACCAGAACCAGAUGUCCAGCAGCUGUUGGUGGCUCAAGAAGAGGUCCAGACUGAGCAGCAGGACUGGCGCUCCAGUCUGGACCAGGAGGACCCAGAACCCCCCCACAUUAAAGAGGAAGAGGAGGAACUCUGGAUUCGUGAGGAGGGCGAGCAGCUUCAAGGGCUCGAGGUGGCUGGUGUCAAGUUCCCAUUCGCUCCUGUAAAGAGUGAUGAUGAUGAAGAGGAAGGUCCGUCCUCUCAGCUUCAUCAGAAACAAACUGGAAAGAACAGACGGCCACAACGUUUGAAAAAAGAAGCUGAUGGAGAAAAAGUCGAGGCCGAGAAACCGACUCAGUCCAAAACGGGCGUGAAACCAUUUCAGUGCUCGGUUUGUGGCAAGACGUUCGCUCGCCCACGUUUUCUACGGCAGCACAUGACGGUCCACACGGGCGAGAAGCCGUUCAGUUGUUCAGUGUGUGAUAAAACAUUCGCCCGAAAAGGGAACCUGAAAUAUCACAUGGCUGUUCACACGGGGGAGAAACCGUUUAGUUGUUCCGUGUGCGGCAAAAAAUUCCCACUGGAGCAAACCAUGAAACGACACUUAACAGUUCACUCUGAGGAGAAACCGUUCAGUUGUUCCGUUUGUGGGAAAACAUUCCCACUAGAACAAACUCUGAAACGACACUUAACGGUCCACUCGGAGGACAAACCGUUCAGCUGUUUGUUUUGUGGGAAAGCAUUUGCACUGAAAGGAAGACUGAAUGAUCACAUGACGAUCCACACAGGGGGGGAAAGCAUCCAAUUUGACUACAUCGAGUAAGAAAUAUUAACAACGCAAAAGUCUGAAACGACUUUUAAAGUCCACACGGGAAGAAGAGGAAAAUAGUCGUUGAGUUUGCUAUAAAAGAUUCUCUCUUGUGGUAUUUAAAAACUCACAGUUGUGUUUGUGAGUGCAUCAUGAAUACAUGAGGCUGAAAACCGGCUCAUUCAGCUCAGAUGAAGCUUGCUUCUAUGAUAUUGGCUCAUAUGUGAUGUAUUGUCAAUUUUAUAUUAAUAAAAAUGUUCCAAGUGGUCUGAA